AGUGUAUUAAUUAAAAUAAGCGUGCACUUAAAGUUAAUGUAAUGAAAAAACAUAAAAUCAAGUAUUCUUAAUUCUGAAGAGCUUAUUCAUUGAACGUGUUUAAAAAUAAAAGAGCGUACUUUUCGUGCUACAUAAUGCAGUUACAUCUAUUCUAUAUGACCUGUUGCAUUUAUAAUUUGUGUGUUUUUUGCGACAGAAUAAUUAAUAAUUUGUCUCCAUGUCUAUUCUUAUCAUUCAUCUCAGCUUUUUAUUUGACUCUUCCAAUUUGGAUCUGAAUUGAUACACAUAAGCAUUUAUAAUCCUUAUUAAAUUCUUUUUUUGUUGCUUAGUAAAAAUACAUCAAUAUAAAUUUUUAUACGAAAUUCAUUUUGUAAGUCUUCAACUUUAACUCUAACGUCGUCAAAGUUGAGUGCUGCUGGAUGGUACUUUAUAGGAAAAAAAUGUUUGUUAGCACAAAUAUUUACGGAGCCGUAGAGAAUUUUUAAUAUACUGACCAUUAUGGUGACUAUCACCCACUGGACAACAGCUGGUGUGAUUUCUUUGGAAAGUGACGCGCUGCAUAAUCAUCAUCAUGCGUCGGUAGCAAGUUCAUUUCUGCAUUUUCAUGGUCCGGUCGAAGGCCCUGCAUACGAAGUGAAAGUCCCAUACUUUCCUCCCUAUACUGAAUACAAUCAUCUGCACGGACAAGAGGACCAUGAUAGCUCUAAUCACCAUGAACAUCACGAUCAUUAUUCACUUGACUAUGUUGCGCAUCCAAAGUAUCAAUUUUCCUAUGGCGUUAAAGAUCUCCACACGGGUGACUUUCAUGGCCAAAAGGAAUCUAGGGAUGGAGACAGCGUUCACGGCGAAUACAGCGUGAAAGAGCCAGGCGGCACCAUUCGCGUCGUGAGUUACCAUUCAGAUAAAGAUGGAUUUCACGCAGCAGUACACACUUCUGGAAAAAAUGAUCACUCUGGCGGCACAUAUGGUGGUCAAGGUCAAACUCAUUACUAUCAUAAUCACGCCCCAGAAUAACAUCACGAACAUGGUGGUUUACAAGAUUACGCUACAUACUCCACUUCCGAAGGAUAUUCAUAACAAGAAAGGAGAUUCCCAAGAAAAAUUUGAUGGAAGCCUAGAAAAAUUUCUCUUGUACCUGGAAGUUUUUAUUUGCUGUUAAAUUGUUAGAAAUAUCGGCCCGAAUUUUGAAUUAGACUUUAGUUCAUUCAGUGAGAUGUAUUUUCAAGCAAACAUAUUUCAAUUUCUGUUAUGUAUAUAUUUAGGUGUCUUACUUUCCAAAGCCACUUUGUUAGCAUCGCCUGUUAAGUUUUAAAAAUAGUCAUAAGUAUGAAUCUCUUUAUUGUAAAUAUAUAACUAAUAAAAUUUUAGGUAAAUUAUGUACUUUAUAACUCUCA